AGAGGAAGUGAAAAACAGACUGAAAACCCCUCAAAUUUAGUCAUAUUUACGUGACGCAUGAAACCGAUGAACGAAGGAUGGCGGGAAGAGAAUUCCUGAAAGUUGUCAGUUGAGCACCUGUCUCAGUUCUUCGACGAAGAGCAAUUCCUUACCAUCGUCGUCAUUCUAUGCUGAAUUUCUCAAAUAUUUCUCUGAUAUCACAAAACCCUACCAUUCCCAUUCCCAUUCCCAAAGCUGUUAUUCCUCCGAAUUCAUAGUGGCUUCUCGUCAAUUAAUUCUGGAGCGCAUAUCCUUCUCCUGCCUCGGAAGACCUCUUAUGGCUGCUUCGAGGAUCGUCGCCGAGUACGCCAAGUCCAAUCGAUCUACUUGCAAGGAAUGCUCCAAGAACAUCGAUGGGGGUGCUCUGAGGUUAGGUUUGGUGAGCAAAGAUCCACGAGGGUACGAAAUAAAGAAAUGGCAUCACUUGAGCUGUUUCCCAACCGAUUCUCAGCAAUUGUUUUCUGCAGAGAAGAUACAGGGUUUUUCGACAUUGAAGAUUAGCGACCAGGAAUCAUUGAAGAAAUUGGAGGUUGGACGCCAUAAACAAGUGAAGGAUUCUGAAGGGUGCAAAGGAAAUAAGAGGACUCAUAAGGAAUCAGACGUUGCUGAGAUUGCUGAACUCGAUGAAAAGAAUUCAAAGAAGUUGAAGUUGUCUACAUCCAGCAAUGAAGCUGUGCAGGAGACAGCUUUCUCUAUUUCAGAUGUGAAGACUAAGUACAAGGAUGCUACAUUAUUACCAAAAUGGAAGGCUUUCCAAACAAUCAUAUUUCUUGAACGGGAUGAUGGUCUUCAUGAUUCAAGUAAAAUUGCUGCUUUUGAUUUUGAUGGGUGUCUCGCCAAUACUUCUGUGAAAAGAACUGGCCCGGAUGAAUGGAAACUUAUGUAUCCUUCAAUACCAGAAAAGCUGCAGAAUUUGUACAAGGAUGACUACAAGCUGGUUAUCUUUACCAAUGAAUCUAACAUCGAGCGCUGGAAGAAUAAGAGACAGGUAGCAGUUGACUCUAAGCUUGGACGGCUCCACAAUUUCAUUGAGCUUGUCAAAGUCCCAAUUCAGGUUUUUGUAGCUUGUGGAUUGGGAAAAACUACUGGUCAAACAGAAGAUCCCUUUCGCAAGCCAAAAACUGGAAUGUGGAGAAUUAUGGAGCAACAUUUCAACUCUGGCAUCCCAAUUGAUAUGGAUAAAUCCUUCUAUGUCGGUGAUGCAGCUGGAAGAAAAAAUGAUCACAGUGAUGCAGAUACUAAAUUUGCUCAGGCACUUGGAUUAAAGUUCUAUGUACCCGAGGACUAUUUUGGUGCAUAGUUGACUUGCUGGCAGUUGGCUCCAGACAAAAUCUCACCCCAUAAUGGCUGCCUUUUAGAUUUUCAACUAUUAGUAUUGGUGCUGCCUCGUGUAAGGACCUACACGUCAAGUCUUAGGAUGCUUGUCCCUGCAUGUAAAUCUCCGAGCUGGUUAAGCUAGCUGAUUUACUUGAGGAUAAAUUUAUUGAUGUCAAUCUGAUUAAGAAAUGUUCCUUUUCCUCAAAUGAACUUAAUGCCCGUGAUUGCCCUGAGAUUUCAAUUCCUGUGGUAAUAAACUCUCUGAUUUCCUACUCAA